GUGGAGGUGGCGGUGGGGGUCGAGUGGGGCGGGACUUCCCUGCCUGUCAGAGAGAGGGAGAUGGAGAGAGAAAGGUGGAGAGAGAGAACAAGCGAAUGAGAAAAGACUCUUGUGAGCCGCGCCGUGCACCGUAAUAUUGGACAGUACUUGAACGGGAGUUUGCGGUUUGGCAGGUUAAUUUACAUCAAAACAGAACAAAGAGAGACGCUCCACAACGCUAUUAGGGAAAAAAAGAGGAGAAGAGAAGCAGCUGAAUUACAAAAGAAUAAGGACACACUGCUAAUGAUUUUUGCAUCCAAAGGGAACGUUGUCCCGGACUUUGUACUUGCUGGACAAUUUGCGAAGCCUUUUGUUUUUGCUUCUGAAGUUUGUUUGGGACGACUCUCCCGGUUUAUCCUUCCUUUUAUUUUUGAAUUUGAAUUUUUUUUUAAAGUCUUCUCGUAGCAAAACUUUCCGUGCAGACUGCACAUGGUUUCAAAGGGCUUAUGAAAAACUUGGAUUUUUUGAGUUUUUGUCCGUUGAAGUUGUUUGUUGUAAAGACAUGCGGAUUUUAUUCAAAUUUUGUGGCCGCUUUUGAAGCGUUUUUUGGCGUUUUUACACACGCCAGUGGUGUUUGCUUAACACCUACCCGUACUUUUAAGUUUGAAUAAUUCAUGAGAUACAAUUUACCCGCUCGAAAUAGGUGACUAUAGAAAGGGAGGGGGAUAUAUCCACAAACAUAUUCAUAAGGGUUGACGGAAUGGCCACUGCGGCUUCCAAUCCUUAUCUGUCCAACAAUAGCAUCUUAUCGUCCGGCUCCAUCGUGCAUUCUGAAUCUGGAGGUGUUGGCAUGCAGCCGGGAAGUGCUACGGUCACCUCAGGGUCUGGGGGCUACAGGGGAGACACCUCAGUUAAGAUGGUACAGAGUGACUUUAUGCAAGGCGCAAUGGCAGCGAGCAACGGAGGACACAUGCUGAGCCAUGCCCACCAGUGGGUGACGUCCCUGCCGCACGCAGCAGCAGCGGCAGCCGCGGCCGCCGGGGCCGUCGCUGCAGCCGAAGCCGGAUCUCCCUGGUCGUCGAGUCCCGUCGGUAUGACUGGCAGCCCGCAGCAGCAGGAUGUGAAAAACUCCAGCAGAGACGAUCUCCACACGGGCACCGCGCUGCAUCACAGACUCCCGCACUUAGCUUCCCACCAGACUCACGCCAGUGCUUGGGGGAGUGCGAGUGCCCCACACAUUAACUCCAUAUCCGGGGGGCAGCAGCAGCAGCAGCAGCAGCCCCUCAUUUAUUCUCAGCCCGGAGGCUUCACUGUGAACGGGAUGCUGAGCCCCGAGAGCCACAGCCUCGUGCACCCGGGCUUGGUGAGGGGGGACACCCCGGAUCUGGACCACGGCAACCAUCAUCACCACCAUCACCACCAGCAUCCGCAUCACCAGCAGCACGGCGUCAACAGUCACGACCCGCACUCGGACGACGACACGCCGACCUCGGACGACCUGGAACAGUUUGCAAAGCAGUUCAAGCAGCGCCGGAUCAAACUGGGCUUCACGCAGGCGGACGUCGGCUUGGCUUUGGGCACCCUAUAUGGGAACGUUUUCUCCCAGACGACCAUCUGCAGAUUCGAGGCUCUGCAGCUCAGCUUCAAAAACAUGUGCAAGCUCAAGCCUUUGUUGAACAAGUGGCUGGAGGAGGCUGACUCGUCCACCGGCAGCCCCACCAGUAUCGACAAGAUCGCCGCGCAAGGGAGGAAGCGAAAGAAGCGCACGUCCAUAGAGGUGAGCGUGAAGGGGGCUCUGGAGAGCCACUUCCUUAAGUGCCCCAAGCCGUCGGCCCAGGAGAUCAGCAGUCUGGCGGACAACUUGCAGCUGGAGAAGGAGGUGGUUAGAGUGUGGUUUUGCAAUAGGAGGCAGAAGGAGAAACGGAUGACGCCCCCAGGAGUGGCACAGACGCCGGAGGAUGUAUACUCUCAGGUCGGCAAUGUGAGUGCAGAAACACCACCCCCCUCCAUGGACUGCAAAAGAAUGUUCAGUGAGACGUAGAACAGCACAUCAGAAUAUUUUGUAUGAAAUUAGACUGAUUAAAAGCACACAGACUAUCUUCAGACAUUUUAUACUGUGAGGGAAUGUGAAUAAAACGGCAACAUUUGAAAUCUAUUUUUCACCACAAAGAGACAAUAAAAAAAACAGCAACAUUUCUCCCUUUUCUCCCACAACCCCCCACAGAAAACGCACCGUUUACCAGGCCCUGAAAUGUCUUAACCUAAAAGGUUCCUUCUGCUUUUUUCUUUCAGGGUCAUUUUUUAGUAGAUUACUUAAAAGAUGCAAGUGAACCGAGCGACCAGAGGGUGACAACAACAAGUUCAUUCCACCAGGUAAUUUUGGCGCAUUGAAACACACGGAGCCGAACCCCGGUUUAGUUUUUACUAUCCCUAUUUUCCCUAUUUCCCUUUGCGAAAUUAUUUCCCCCAAAUAUGACCCUGUGUGACUUGAAGAAAAAGGGAGAAGUCAUCCUAGGACUGAAUUGACCUUCUUUCGCCUUCAUGCCCCACAAUAACUGAACCAAAAUAACUGCACCUAAAUGGAGAGUGACAUCCUCGGAGAUUCCGUCAUCAUUUUACAACUAUUUGCAUUUUUUUCCCCCUCGAGAUGGAUUGCAUUGUGUUUGUUUUUUUCCCCCAAAACAUGGAUAAUUAGAGAUUCGAGGCCCUCAUAACAGAACACCACCAGGACCAGGACUGUGAUCUCAAAGAUGACUUUCUAUUUUUCGUUGUCCUUUGUUUAUUAUUAUUAUUAUUAUUAUUAUUAUUAUUAUUAUUAUUAUUAUUAUUAUUUAAAGGACUUCUGAGGGGUGAGUGUUUUCUCCUAACAAAUAGAACGAAAGACUUUUUUUAAAAAAUGAAGAAAAAAAAUCAGCUGCACUUAUUUCAAAAAAAUGUUUGUUGCCAAGUGUGAUUGAGUGGGUGCUGUGGAUACACUAUUAAUGCUGCCCUUUCUAAGCAGUAUUCUUUGGUAGGUUUUUAAUAAUGAAAUCAGUAAUAUCCGCAAUAUCCUACACGAGAUCAAAUGCUGGUCUGGGUAGAUUACUUUAUAUCUUUUAUCAGAAUUACUUGUUUUGAUAUGCUGUUGGACAUAGGUAUGAAUUAUUCCAAACGGUUAUUUAUUUCCGCCUAAGGAAUAGUGUAAGAUGCUUUCCCUUCUCCUGUUUUAUUUUUUUCUCUUCUACGUGUUUUGUUAUUGCCCUUUGGGGUUUAAUUUUGUAUUAUAGUUUCUAAAGAAGCACAAAUCACCCUGAGCUGACAGUGACCGUUGUUAGGUAAUAAAGCUAUAUUUUGAUGUGAUGAUUUUGAUUGUAAUUUAAUUUCAGUAGUGUUUUCCCACGAGCUAAUUGAGACAAUAAA